AAGAUACAAGAUAAAAAAAUCAUAAAUUUUUUUUAUUUUAAUAGGUGUUUAUGUUAAUAUAUAUAUACUUCAUAUCGUUUAAAUUUAAUUAUAUAUCAUAUACAUAUCAUAUACGAUAUAUAAAAUUGAUUGUUUUGGUUUAUUUAUUCUAAAAUGAUUGCGAAUAAACAAAAGCGGUCAUUUGAUUUAUAUGUGCAAGCUAAUUUAUUACAUUUGACAAAUCCCGUUUAUGACAAACAAUAUCUGGUACAUACACAACAGAAAGUAUCUUUAAGCUUCCCAUUUUACAAAUAAACAAUGAAAGACCAGAAUCUCCACAAGAUAGAGCAAAAAAAGUUAAACCUCAUCAUAAAAGACAAACAUUCUAGCUGAGCUAAAUGGCAAACCUAAUCAUGUGAUAACAAUCAAUUAUUAAUUGAUUGUGUUAUCUUAUUGAAAUUGGAUAUAGAUAUUGAAUCAGAAUAAUUAUUUUGGUCUUUUAAUUUAUUUAUCUCAAUUUAUUUUGUUACAACUACGUGUUUAACUUUAAACCGACACAAACAAAGAAAAGGAAACACGAGUUUAGGAGGAAACAGAUAAAAGGAAAUACGAAGAGCUGUUUUCUUAUAAAUAAGUGUCUAAGGGACAGCGAUCCAAUAACUAAAAAUCCCUUUUUUUCAUUGAAUGGUUCGUGUGAUAUAUAUUAUGGGAGAACGCAAAGUCCUGAACAAGUACUAUUCUCCGGAUUUUGAUCCAAAGAAGAUACCUCGCCUCCGGAAACCGAACAACCAGCAAAAGAAGAUUCGAUUUAUGCUUCCGGUUCGUUUUCGGUGCAACACAUGUGGUGCUUACAUGUCUGAAGGCACUAAAUUUAAUUGCCGUGAAGAAGAAGUCAUCAACGAGACGUACCUAGGGAUUAAAAUCCACAGGUUUUAUAUCAAGUGCACCAACUGCUCGGCAGAGAUAACAAUCAAAACCGAUCCAAAGAACUCGGGUUAUGUUGUCGAAUCAGGUGCAAUUGGCCCUUAUAAUGGACACGCGGAGGAGGAGGAGGAAGAGAAGCAUGAGGUAGCUAAAAACGCCUUUGAGUCGUUAGAGAAGAGAACUAUGGUAUCUAAAAGAGAGAUUGAAGUUAUGGCUGCGCUUGAUGAGAUGAAGUCUAUGAAGUCUAGACGAGCCUCGGUGAGCUUAGAAUCACUGCUUGAGGCUUUGAAUAGAAGAAAAAAACAAGAAGAAGAGAACGUGGAGGAAGAAUUGCUCAUUAAGUCUAUAAAAUUUGGUAAGCAGACUAGGAUUGAUGAAGAGAAAAACGAUGAGGUUUUGGAUGAGAAGAAGACGAAGAAGCCUAAGAGACGUGUUAACUGUACAUCUCCCAUUCAAAUAUCUUCCGUUCGCAUAGUCUCGAUAAAGACUGCAAAGGGACUCGAAUCUCUGUGUCACAAUUACGGCUCAGACAGCGAUGAGGAGAAGUAAAUCCGUUUUUUUAUAUAGCUAAGGUUUUUUUAUCAAAUCCUGAUUAAUUUAAGGUUGUCAAAAAAAUAAUGGAUUUUGCAUAGAUAUUUUGUUAAAUUGUCUUUCUAUUAAGAUUUUUUAAUUGUUGAAUUGUAUGAGAUUGCAGGCAUGCUACAUUCGACAUAUUAGCUUACUGUUAAGUUUUAGUGAUUUUUAGCUGAUCUCAUUAUAAACAUUGAAAACCUGGUCUUUGUAAAAUUCUGCUUUUGAAUCUGUGAUUUGGCUUAAAUAAGAACGUUGUUGGAGUAUUUAUUGUCUGUUAAUUAAUGCAGGUGAGUCAAGAUAAAGUGUAGAAAAUAUAAGGCAACUUUUUGACGAGGUUAGUUUUUUUUACCCUUCCGGAUCAUGUGUCCAUAAACCAAAUCCAGUAGAAAGAGCAAAUGCAAACAAUUUGCAAAUCUGUAGAUCAAGUAUAACCUUUGUGAUUUACCAUUGUAUUCUACAUGUGAUCUCUUUAGAAUAACCUAGAUAGACUAGGUCGGUUCUAUAACAGCUUGUCUAAUACUGUCUUGUUCGUGAAAAUCUGUCAGUAAAUAAGUAAUCUUGAUGAUAAUGUAGCGGUUUUGCAUAAUGAGCAUUCUAAAGAGCUUUGUGUGUAAAGUUUCAAACUCUGAGAGAAGAAUGAAUGGUAGUUAUGUCCUAACCAAACAAUCAUAACCAAGUUCAAGAAAAACCCGAAAGCCGAAAUUCCAAACAUAGUUUCACCAUUAGCGUCUCGGCUUCUGCUAAGAAGUCUUUAAAUGGGUUCAUGUAUUAUGACUCCAGAGACAAGCCAUAUGAGCUGAACAGACAAGAAAGCUGCUAAAACUUCAAGCCGUUUAAACCCGAAGGAGUUUCUUGGAUUGGCUUCCCAGCUUGAGACCUUGAUGGCCAGCAGAGAGACGCUCAAACCCGGCACGUCUGACAGCAAAUGUGCAGCGUCCGUCAGGACCGUGAGGCUAUUGGCCAUUAAAAUCUCCAACGAUCUGCACGGACAUGAUUGUCAGUUAAAGAAGGAUGAGGCUUCUUAUCUUCUGAUCGAUUCUUCUCGUUCUCUCGACUCGGAAAGGCAAUACUUUUGUCUUGUAAAUGCGCAAGACAGAGGAAUCACUUCCUCUAUUCGUGAUGGUGACUCAGUUUCUUCCUCUUUUUGGUCGGGUUUUGAGAUGCGGAUGUGUUCUAAUUCCAUAAGCUGUUUUGAUACGUUUCAAAGGCUUGCAUUAGAAGAGGAAACUAACAUUUUGACCUUUCUUGUGAUUUGAAUAAAUCUUCAAGAAGAAAACGAACCUGAGAAUCGAAACAAUGUUGUUUUCGUCGGAAAUAUAGAGUUUCAUGAUGUUAUCUUAUUGUUAGAGAUUAAGACGUAA